CGUAGCUGACUUCAUCACUUCUCCCCGUCUCCGACAAUCCCUUACCUGCUUUCCUGCUGUGCUCUGCAACAUCCAGUCUCAAAUAUAGAUAAACUGGCCAUGAAAACUGCCACACACACACACAAAUUUUCAAUCGACACCUCAGCUCCCUGACUAAUAGGAUAUGACAGUCGCCAAUCCUGCUCAGCCACAACUCACCAGAAUGUUAUCCUGUAAAUUUUUCCCCGACUCCCUCCUCGGAUGGCUCCACCUCCUCAUCCUAACCUACGCCAUCAUCAUAAUCCUAUCCCACUGGCGCCAAAGAAACUCCCCAGACUCCCAUCGGCCAGCUCCCCUCCCCAAUCCCCCAGACCCAACCCCCCCAAAACAAGACGAAGCAACCCCCACCAAAGACCUCCCCAUCCCCCGCCUUUCCUACAACGAAAACACCGUCGUCACCCUCAUCACCGAGAUCUACCGCACCUACCAGAAGCUCAACUACAUCGCCGCGGACGAACUAAUCUGGCCGCCAGCCGAAACCGGCCACGCGAUCAACGAACGCCUCGGCGCGGCGCUGCACCUCGACCCCGCCGUGAUCUCGCUGAUGAAGCGCCUGCCCUACCCCCGGACCUCGCGGCUCGCCGAAACGGUCCCGAUCACCCCGCUCUCGCACGCGCUCGUCUACCUCGAGGAUGCGGAGAUCCGCGGCGGCCGGGAUCCCGAGCGGUACGGGCAUUUCGACGACCUGCGGGCGGAUGUUUUGCGCCCGUGGGAGAUCGCGUUGAGUGGUUUCGCGGACGAGGGGGAGUGUUUGGUGCUCGAUGUGGGGGAGAAUACCAUCCGCGUAUGGGAGUGGGACGGGCUCCCGCCCGGCGACGACGAGAACAACUUCCGCGCGUAUCACGCCCACCACGCCCCGACUUUCCUCUCGAAUCAUUUGGAGAAGCUUCGGGCGCUGGAGAUGAUUCCCUGUGGACACAGCGGGGCGAGGGGCUACUGGGUUCUGGAUUCUGCCGAGGUGCACCCACGGAUCAAGAGAACGCUGCAGGAGCAGUACGGCUGGCCGUAUGAUUUCCGGGAGGCGGAGUGGAAGGCGGCGUCGGAGGAGACCUGGGAGCGGCUGUUGCGGUUUGAUUCGGCUCUUUAGGGGGGUUACUCACCUGGAUAUAAAAUGGGUUGAUGCAGAGGGAUGAGGGUGAUAUAUCUGCAAUAUGCUUAUGACUAUCCAUUACGAGUUACACAGUUG